GUCACAAGCAUUGAUAGAUGUAAACAUUUAAAUAAACGAACCUUCUCCAUGCACGCACUUGUGUGUGUGCGCGUGUGUGCGUGUGCACGCACAUAAACAUGCAUCUUGUUAACAGCAGGAGCACUGUAAACACAGUCACUUGCAUUCAAUCGGAUGCACACAUGCACAUACGCACCAUAAAACCUCUUUCCAGAUACACGCACAUAGGCAUAUAACAAUCGUUAUGCCAUGUAAUGUCUCUCCUAUGUUCUGUUAAGCGAGAGUAGGUGAUUCACCAUGCAUUCAUCCGUGCAAGACGAGCACUGGACAAGGAUUAAAUUCAAUUCACCGAAAUAAGAAUAGAUGUUGGAUGCUGGCAUUGUUCUCAUUUUGGUGUCCUUUUGCUGUUAGUCAACGAUCCUACUAAUUAAUGGUCAUUGGUCAUUUCAUUGUGACCAGAUAAUGGAUGUACACAUCAAAUGAUGCAAAUUCUCUGAACAUUUCUAGUAAACUGCCUACAGUUUUGGUUGGUUCAUGGUUUACAACUCAUUUUCAUAUUUGAAACUGAGAGAAAAUCCGAAGAUGAAAAUCAACCAAAAGGCAGCGAAUAAAAAUGUUUCCGUUUUCAAUCGAAAGCUGUUUCUUUUAUCUUUAGGAGCAUGUCUCGUUGCUUUUGUGAAGAUCCCAAUUUUUUCCCAAUGGUUGUUUGAUUCCAAAGCUGGAGAAAUAAAGGAUAGCAAUGGGUGGAAUGUCGGUGACGAGGAGGCCCUUCGCCGAUUCAGUAUUUCUUUUUGUGAUAUUGACAGAAAAUCAAUUUCGGAUAUAACAAGCAAAGAAUUUGAACACCAGUAUAGAUUAAGGAAACCAUUAAUACUGACAUUUCAAAAUGGUGCUAAGGAUUGGAUUAACAGUAGCAUGUGGUCUCGUUCGGAGCUUAAAAAAAAAUAUGGGCAAUGGCUUCUUUUGGUCGGAAAUGCCCGAGAAAUUGUCCGACACGGAGGUAAUGGACAUAUUCAGACUUCAGUAGAGGACUUUUUGGAUGAUAAAAUGCAGAAAACUAAUCUUCAAGGUGAACCUUUGUAUGUGUUUGACCGAUAUUUUUACCAAGAUUCUGAUCUCCCUUCUUCUCUAAAAUUUCCAAAAUUAUUAAAAUUCAAGGAACACUUGCACGAUAGCUUAUUUUUCCUUGGAUCAACUGGAACUGGGGUAACUUUCCAUAAACAUGCUGAUGCCUGGAAUGCUGUUGUUUUUGGAAAGAAAAGAUGGUUUCUUUAUCCACCUAAGAAAGCACCACCUGGAGGAAUUCCAUUUGGCUUUACAAUUCUGGAAUGGUUUGAUACAAUUUACCCAACUUUGGAUGAAAGCAAUAAACCUAUAGAGUGCAUUCAAGAAGCUGGAGAAAUCCUUUAUUUGCCUGAGUCCUAUUACCACAGCACACUCAAUAUUGGUGAUACAGUAGCAAUUGGGAUCCAGAAGAAAGAACCAGCCACCGAAAUUGAAAAAUUAUUUUAUGAAGAAUUGAAAUAUCACUCACAGAUUAUAGAAGUCAAGAAUCAGAGACUAAAUUCAACUGAAAAAGAGUUUGUCAUCAAUAAACAAACACAGAUUCAGGAAUCUCUUCUCAAGCUACUUCCUGCUAAUACUGAAGUUCACUUGAAACUCUCUGAGAUCUAUUCCCUGGCUGGGAGAUUCAAUGAAGCCUUCAAACACAGCACCAAAGCUAUGGAACUUGACCCUUUAUUUGUUGUAGCUUAUCUUACUAUUGCCAACCAAUUUUUUAUGCUGGGAAGAAAUACCAAAGCUGAGGAAAUGUUUCAGAAGGCUAUGGUUAUAAACCCUAAACUUUGGGAUGUCUAUGCACAGUAUGGAAGUUUUCUUGUAAAUACACAUCACACUGAACAGGCCAUUGAAAUUUUCCAGAAGGGCAUUGAAUUGGAACCAAAUAUGACUGCUUUCUGGUACCAUUUGAUGAUGGCACAGAUUCAACUUGGAGAUACCAAAGGGGCCGAGAUAUCCUCACAACAAAUGGAACGGUUAAACGCUCAGCAUUGAAAAAUCUAU